CGGGCGCUCGGGGAAGCCGGCGCGUCUCGGAGGCGGCGGCGGCGGCGGCCGAGGCCGGCGAGCGCUCCCGGCGGCAGCGGGGCCGCCCGCCUCGGCUCCCCGCACCCACCGCGCUGCGCCCCGCCUCCGCUCCGGUGACCUUCCCGGGGCGCCUCCCCCGGCCCCGCGCCCCCGGCCCCGCGCCCCAGGCCGGGGCGAGGCCCUCUCCAGCGCCUCCUUCCCGCGGAGCCGCGGGCGGCGCAGGCCCGGGGGGAGGGGGCGCCGCGGCCGGCUGCAGCCUCUCAGCCGCCGCGCUCGGCGUCCGGCCCGGUCGGACUGCCGCUGCCCGGCCGCCGCGCGGAGCCCCGGCGCCCGAAGCUGGGGGCGCGGCCGCGCUCGCCUCGCGGGGCCGGGAGCGGGCAGGCCCUGCCCUGAAGGGGCGAAGCGGCGGGGAGCACGGGAGGUGGAGCCGGCCCCGGCGGCCGCCGCGCGUCUCUCCCCGGCGCCCCCUUCCCGGACCCGGCCCGUGGCGGACGCAGGCCCCUGCCCAUGCGGGGCGCCCCCGGCUCGGAAGAGUCCCUGGGGCAGGGAGCAGCUCCAGGCAGCGGCGCCGGAGGGAGAGAAAGAAGGGACAGUGCUCAGCUUGGGCGGCCCGGACCCUCCCCGCAGCGUUUGGAGCCGGGGGCCGCCCCGAAGUCUGCGCUUGGCACCGCCGCUUGAACUAGGGCAGCGCCUGCUGGGACCCCGACCCGGACCCCCUGCGCCUUGUAGGCAGGCGGCGGCAGGGCCGCCGCGCCACCCUGCUCUUCCGCGGUCUCUCUGUGUUUGGCGGCAGUCGCGGCCAAGGCGUCCAGAAUUUUGGUACAUGCUAGGCAAAGGAUGCCCACCUGACCAGUCUCCAGUGACAGCCCUGAGCCUGAACUUCCCCAGUCGGUCGAACACUGAGCACGUGUUGCCACAGCUCUUUGCCGGAAAGUAUUAUGAGGGAGGCCGAGGACCCCGUGCUCUGGGCAGAGAAGCGGCGCUGGGAUUAGGGGUUGCCACUUCUGAGAGGAUGCUGGGAAUCUGCAGAGGGAGACGGAAAUUCCUGGCUGCCUCGCUGACCGUUCUCUGCAUCCCAGCCAUCACCUGGCUUUACCUGUUCGCCGGGAGCUUUGAAGAUGGGAAGCCGGUGUCCCUGUCGCCGCUGGAGUCGCAGCCGCACAGCCCCCGGUACGCGGCCGCCGGCCAGCGGGAGCGCGAGAGCCUGGAGGUGCGUGUGCGCGAGGUGGAGGAGGAGAACCGCGCGCUGCGCCGGCAGCUCAGCCUGGCGCAGGGCCGUGGCCCGGCGCACCGGCACGGCAACCGCUCCAAGAGCUACUCGGUGGAGGAGGGAACCGGGGACAGCGAGAACCUCCGCGCCGGCAUCGUGGCGGGCAACAGCUCCGAGUGCGGGCAGCAGCCGGUCGUGGAGAAGUGUGAGACAAUCCACGUUGCUAUCGUCUGUGCCGGGUAUAACGCCAGCCGCGACGUUGUCACCUUGGUCAAGUCCGUUCUCUUUCACAGGCGGAACCCCCUGCACUUCCACCUCAUCGCCGACUCCAUCGCAGAGCAGAUCCUGGCAACGCUCUUCCAGACCUGGAUGGUGCCCGCCGUGCGUGUGGACUUCUACAAUGCAGAUGAGCUCAAGUCUGAAGUGUCCUGGAUCCCCAACAAACACUACUCUGGCAUUUAUGGUCUGAUGAAGCUCGUCCUGACCAAGACUCUUCCCACCAACCUGGAGAGGGUCAUUGUCCUUGACACGGAUAUUACCUUUGCGACCGACAUUGCAGAGCUAUGGGCCGUGUUCCACAAAUUCAAAGGUCAGCAGGUCCUGGGCUUGGUCGAGAACCAGAGUGACUGGUACCUGGGAAACCUGUGGAAAAAUCACCGCCCUUGGCCUGCCCUCGGAAGGGGCUACAACACAGGAGUGAUCCUGCUGCUUCUGGAUAAACUACGGAAGAUGAAAUGGGAGCAGAUGUGGAGGCUGACUGCAGAGAGGGAGCUGAUGGGCAUGCUUUCCACCUCCUUAGCUGACCAGGAUAUUUUCAAUGCCGUCAUCAAACAGAACCCCUUCCUCGUGUAUCAGCUCCCCUGCUUCUGGAACGUGCAGCUGUCGGACCACACCCGCUCUGAGCAAUGCUACAGGGACGUGUCUGAUCUGAAGGUCAUCCACUGGAACUCCCCCAAGAAGCUGCGGGUGAAGAACAAGCACGUGGAGUUUUUCCGCAACCUCUACCUGACCUUCCUGGAGUACGACGGCAACCUCCUGAGGCGAGAGCUCUUCGGCUGCCCCAGUGAAGCUGAUGUCAACAGUGAAAACCUCCAGAAGCAGCUCUCUGAGCUCGAUGAGGAUGACCUGUGUUAUGAGUUCCGGCGAGAGCGGUUCACUGUCCACCGAACCCACCUGUACUUCUUGCACUAUGAGUAUGAGCCUGUUUCGGACAACACGGAUGUCACCCUGGUCGCUCAACUCUCCAUGGACAGGCUCCAGAUGCUCGAGGCCAUCUGCAAGCACUGGGAAGGACCCAUCAGCCUGGCCCUCUACCUGUCGGACGCCGAAGCCCAGCAGUUCCUCCGCUACGCGCAGGGCUCCGAGGUGCUCAUGAGCCGCCACAACGUGGCCUACCACAUCGUGUACAAGGAGGGCCAGUUCUACCCUGUGAACCUGCUACGCAACGUGGCCAUGAAGCACGUGGGCACGCCCUACAUGUUCCUGUCUGACAUCGACUUCCUGCCCAUGUAUGGGCUCUAUGAGUACCUCAGGAAGUCUGUCAUCCAGCUCGACCUUGCCAACACCAAGAAGGCGAUGAUCGUCCCUGCAUUCGAGACACUGCGCUACCGGCUGUCUUUCCCCAAGUCGAAAGCGGAGUUGCUGUCAAUGCUGGACAUGGGGACUCUCUUCACAUUCAGGUACCACGUCUGGACAAAAGGCCACGCUCCCACAAACUUUGCCAAGUGGCGGACUGCCACCACGCCUUACCGUGUUGAGUGGGAGGCCGAUUUCGAGCCGUACGUUGUCGUGAGAAGGGACUGCCCUGAGUACGACCGGAGGUUUGUGGGCUUUGGCUGGAACAAGGUGGCUCAUAUCAUGGAAUUGGAUGCACAGGAAUAUGAAUUCAUCGUGCUGCCCAAUGCCUACAUGAUCCACAUGCCUCAUGCCCCCAGCUUCGACAUCACCAAGUUCCGGUCCAACAAGCAAUACCGCAUCUGUCUCAAAACCCUGAAGGAGGAAUUUCAGCAGGACAUGUCCCGCCGCUACGGCUUUGCCGCCCUCAAGUAUCUCACGGCGGAGAACAACAGCUAACACCAGGAAGCCCACCACUAGGGAGAGAGACCUGUUCUGCAGGGGGAAUGCCACUUGCCGUUUGGGGUCCAGCCUUCAAACUCAAAAUUGAGCAAUGCUUUUUUGGUUUGUUUUUACUUGGCUCUUUGGCCCAACAAAGCCGCCCACACUACAGAGAUCUGGGACAAGGAUCCGGCCAGCGCCUCUCUGCCCCACAAUCUGGCUCUCCCAGAAUGUGGAAGAACAGCUCGUCGACACAGUCUCUUCAAGGACGGGACACAGAGGAGUCAGAGGGAGCAAAGGGGUUAUCCGACCACAAAGCCGCAAAACCAAGCAGGUCUUUAGGACGUUCUCAUUGCUUUUUAAGAAAGGGAAGUCAGGGUGCUGCGGGUUAGCCAUCCCAGGAAAUAAAAGCAAAACUGUCUCUUCAUUCAGAGGAAACUUUCUUUUUUUGUCCUGCAAUCUAGCUGUGUAUCCAAGGUGGGAGGCAAACCAAUGAUCUGAACCAACCAUUUGGAAAAACCCAAUGAGGAUAUUAUACCAGGUAGGACCUGGAGGUGGGGGCCGGUUGGUUCCUUAUCCUCAAGGACACUCUUGUUUUGCUUUGAUUUGUUUUUGUUUAGGGGGAUUUUGUUUGUUUGUUUGUUUUUGGUCUGGGAAUCCAAAAUAGAAAACCUGAUCGUUUAAGGCUCUGAAGGAGAAUCCGCUGCCCCAUCCAGCAUGCCCCCGCCAUCAGUGGCCCAGCAAGGAGUACGAGAGUCUUCAGCCAAUAUUUAAACAUGGGCAGCCUUCUUCAGGAUUAUCCCUGAGGCCCCAUGACCUUGACUCCCCUACUCUCCGGAAUCCAGGGGCUAAGACGGAGACGGUAGAAAUACGAAGACCGUCACAUUUGCUAUUGGCUGUGACUGGUUCAUGGGGAAAGGGCUCAGAAGGGACUGUUCCGGUGCACACGGAAGGUACAGACCUCUCAGGCCUUUAGAAGAACUGCAGUAGUUCACACAAGCUUGUAGUUCACACAGAUUCUGAAGAUCCACGUGUCUGUCUGGAGACCAUCAGGAAGAACGUGUUGGGUUCCUCUGUGUCCGUGCCGCUUCCCUGCGGCUGGGACGAGGUCACGGCCUCAGGCUCCCUCUGGGACCUGUGCAGAGGGUAGGCAAGCACCUUUACCAUUACAUGGAUUGAGGAGGCACUGGACUUUUUACCCAUUUUCUUGAGUCUUCAAUAUUAAUGUUGUGUUUACAUUGAUGAGAACAAGAGUCCACGCCCUACUCUCGGCGGGGCUGUUUGUAUUGAGUUGCAAUGUGACCAGCGAACGCUGCAUUCAAUAAACGAAAGUCCGGACUGUUU